GCGACAACAAAGACUGAGGAUCCAGGAACCAGCCCUCUGAUUAAAUGAAGUCUCAGACCUCAGACUCUUAACGUGUUUCUCGCUGAGUGUGUGGGAGUUCACGAUGGACGAGGUGUUUUUUAAAUCGGCUCUACCUGCGCAGGACUCCUCGGUGCUGGAUGACUCCAGUCUGGCUCUGCCGGUCCAGCUCUCUACCAGAUCCUCGACGAAACUCGACUCCGACUCCCGGAGCCAGAGAGUCCAGCAACAGGUCCAGCUCACUCUGGCCCGACAGGCACGGAAGACUCACUCAAACGGUGGUUUCCAUUUCCAGAAGAACACAGCAAAGAGCUUCGAUGCUGCAGAUGGAUUUUUACCAAAUGUGAAGGUAAAUGGAUCAAGUUUCCACAGCCGCUCCCUCUCAAGCAAAACUCUGCAGAGACCAUCCAGGAGGGUGGAAGUGUCUCCACCGCCGAGCCCAGAGUUAGGUCGCACCCGCUUCAAUUACAGCGCCUUCCGUUACGGGACUCACACCAUCCCAGGACCCAGUCACUCCCACGUGCCGGGCUCCCUGCUGUCCCGCUCACAUGGGUCCGACUCGCUGCGGCGCUACGCUUUCUCAGAGGUGCCUCGUGGAUCGCAGAUGCAGGCGUCCACGUCUCCACUGGGGGUGCACCGCCGGAGGUCACUGAGACAGACAGCGGGGCCUCAGGCUGGGUUUGCAAAAGCAGUGUUUCGACAAAGUGGUGAAGAUGGAUCUCAGUGGGGUUACAGACAAAGUGUUGUCAAACAGGAGAAACACACUGUGCAGGGACAGAAUGGUGAUCUGAUGCUUAGUCCUGUCCAGCCCGAUGGAGGUUUAUCCUGGCUGGCACAGGUCAGGAGGAACGGCAAGGGGUCCCUCAGAAUGAAUUCAUACCCGCCUUCAGUCGUCAGCGCAGAGGUGGACCUGGGGAGGCGGAAUGAGGAAGUAGAUUUCCCCAUCCAGCAGGUUCAGGCGCAGAACAUCACAACACUGAAAUCAGCCAACAAGCCUCCAGAGAUGACGCUGGAGAGAGCCGUGAACCUCCUGACCCAAAAUAAUGAGGAAACACUGAUCUGUGCCGCCAGCUUCAUACAGAACCAAUGCUUCCAGAGUGCUAAUGCUAAAAAGAUGGUGUACUAUCUCCGUGGGAUCGGGAAGCUCCUGAAGCUCCUGAAGGACGACAGCGAGGAGGUGCAGCGUGUUACUGCCGGGGCGCUGCGCAAUGUCGUCUACCAGAGCAACGAGAACAAGAUGGAAGUGAAGGACAACGAGGGUUUGGUCGUAAUUUUGCAGACGCUCAAGGGCAGCCGUGAUAUCGAGACCAGACGGCAGCUUACAGGUCUGUUGUGGAACCUCUCCUCCAAUGAUAUGUUGAAGAACCACCUAGCCAGGGAGUCCAUAUCUAUCAUCACCCACUCAGUCCUGGUGCCCAGUUCUGGCAUUUCUGAAGGCGAGAACCCGAAAGAUGAGCUCCUAGCUGAUGCUGACACUUUCCACAACGCUACUGGCUGCCUACGAAAUCUGAGCUCCGCCGGCCCGGACGUCAGGAGAGCAAUGAGGGAGUGUGACAAUCUUAUAGACUGUCUGGUUUACUACAUCCGGGGGACCGUAGCCGACUAUCAGACAGAUGACAAGUCCACAGAGAACUGCGCCUGUAUCCUGCACAACCUGUCUUAUCAGAUCGAGUCGGAGCUUCCGCAGCAUUACACCCAUGAUUUCAGAGAAUCUCGGCAAAACUUGGCUCCCAAUCCCAAGGCUCUCGGCUGUUUUGCUUACCGCAGCGCCAAGAUCACAGAGCACCUGGAGCGCCAGCGCCCCCUGCUGGAGGAGAAGGCCAACCCUCACGGCAUCGAGUGGCUGUGGAGCCCCAUCACCAUCCGCAUGUAUCUGUCACUGGUGGCCUGCAGCAUGCGUCACUUCACCCAGGAGGCCGCCAUCGGGGCGCUGCAGAACAUCACGGCCGGGAACCAAGAGAUGACCGAAGCCAUCGCCUUCACCAUUGUUCAGCGGGAAAAUGGUCUUCAGCAUAUUAAGAAGAUUUUAGAGGAGGGAGAGAGUGAUGUGAAGAGAACAGCCAUAUCUCUAAUAAGAAACCUCUCUCGCUACCAGGAGCUGCACCCUGCUAUUGUGAACCAGGUGCUGCCGGAGGUGGUGGGGAUGCUGCCCAAAGACGACAAAAAGCUGCCCGGCGAGGUGACGACUUCUCUGUGUCAGAUCCUCAUCAACCUGAGUCAGAGCGACAUGAAGAACGUCAGGGCCAUCGUCAACCACGGGGGCCUCCCGAGGAUCAUCGGCAUCAGCAACUCGGACAACGGUUGCGGGCCGAGCCGAGCGGGUCAGGCAGCAUGCAUCCUGCUGCAGGCGAUGUGGAAACACACUGAUCUCCACGGAGCCCUGAAGAAGGGCGGAUACAAGAAAUCUGAUUUCAUCAACGCAAGAACGACGAAGAUCGUGAGCUCCAGAUGAGAUCCACAGACACCAAACCUAAGCUGCACUUUUUCACAGUAUCGGCACAAAAUCAAUCAAAGCACUGUUUCCUGACAUAGAUUAAUUGUAUUUUUUCAUGCUACAGACAAAAAUGAACUCCACCUACAUUUCCCAUAAAGAUCCCCUUUAAAAUGUAACUUUAGCUGCAGGACCAACGCGUCCUUGUGGGUGGGAGGUUUCAUUAAAACAGGUAAUUAAUGUUGGAGGAGGAAAGCGACUGAUGCAAGAAGUACAUUAAUGAAGAGCUGUUUCUCAUUUCAUGGGACCUUUAAAGCACCUUUUUGUAGUUUUUACUUCCUCUUCUGGCUGCUGCCGUUGGGCCUCGUGGUCAGAAUGUAGAUAUUUUUGAUGUAUCUCUUCAAAUUUAAAAUAUUUCUUUAUGUUUGUGUAUUUUUUUCUACAGCGGCAGUUUGUCAGUGGAUGAUAUUGCGUUUUGUUUUUAAGCAUUUCUGGUGAUGCUAUGCGUAGCUACAUGCCGAGAACCACAGAGAAAAUGUUUGAGCGUACAUGAAAGCUGCAUUGAUUUCUUUGACAAACUACAUGAACUGGAUGUAUGUAAAGCGUAUUUUAAAGUGUAACACAAAAACAAGCUGAUCUCUGGGCUUCUAACUCGAGUUGUUUCCAGAAAUAAAUACUGUUUUGAGUUAU